CCAGGGAUAAGUAUAACAUUUACUUUCCUCCUACCCAAGCUUACUGUGACAUUAUCGCGAUCUUGUACACAAGUACUAGACGUGAAAAGAAAUCAUAAAUUGAUUUCUUAUUUUGAUAAAAUACUGUAAUAUUUAAACAUGACUGUUUGUAGUCGCAACACAGGAACGUAUUUAUUAAUGAUAAGAUAACAUUAUGUACGGUGACACGUAAAAUCUACAAUGGCCGGUUCUUGUAACGGUUAUCAACAUUGGAUAAAAUAUGUGGUUGUUGUAACAAUACUGAUGACCUGUUUGUACGUCACUUUAUACCAAACAGGUUACAUAAAUCGCACAAAUAUACCAACCACAUUUUUUAUACCUGAACCAAAGCCAAUCAACAAAACAGAGCCAGUACCAAACAAACAGCCGCAACUUAAGUAUGUAGCACCCACGGCGACCUUUGUCCCUGUUGUGCCUGUAGUCGAAAGUGACUGGAAUGAAACGUUUCCAGUCUAUGAUGAUGUACCUAAAAAUAUAUAUAAAACUGAUUGGUGGAUGUCAGCAGCGUUUUUAGAAUGGGAUUUAAAACAGAGAGGAAUUGAUUACCAAUGUCAGGACAUUAAAAAAGUUGGAAACUGGUGGAUCUGCGUAGAUGAAAAAUAUGUAAUUAAGAAACCAUGUUUAGUGUAUUCAUUUGGCAUUGCUAAUGAUUUUAGUUUUGAUGACGAUAUGGCUGAACAUGGCUGUGAAGUACACUCAUUUGAUCCAAGUAUGAAAAGAAAUGAUUUUACCAGACCGUCAUCAGUACGUUUCCAUGCUUUAGGACUAAGUAGUUAUACAGAUGAUAAGUUCCUCCCUCGAAAGGAUAUUUAUGUUCAUGAUAAUGAUACAUGGACUAUUAUGACACUUAAUUUAAUUAAAACAGCUCUUGGUCAUAAAGAAAGGGAUAUUGAUGUGUUAAAAAUAGACGUUGAAGGCCACGAGUGGGCAGUAAUAGAAAAUCUAUUUGAAGAUAAAAUCUUCUCACAUGUUAAACAAUUCAUGUUAGAGUAUCAUUUAUUCCCGGAUUGGCCAUCGAAAUCUGACUAUUCAAAACUUUUGCGGACUUAUAAAACAUUACAUGACAUAGGAUUUCAUAAGUUUGUGACAGCCAUGCAUCCAUGUACUCAUAUACCAGAACAGUUUAAUAUUCAAGCUGACGUGGCAUAUGUCAAUACAAAAUAUGUUACGUCCACAAAGAAACGGAGACCUUUAUUAAAAUUGACAAAAACGAAAAAGACUUAACGUCGGAAAGUUUUAAGGCAGUAUAACAGGAAAUAUGUUAACUGAAGAAGAGUAUGGAAUUGAAUAUUAUAGACUGUUUUUUGCACUUUUAAAUACCAUAGAAUCUCGGCGGAAUUACGUGUAUGGAUUUUACAUAUAGCUAAUUAUGUUAUAAGUAAAUCAUUGUAUGUGAACAAUGAUAUGUAUAUUCCUUGUUCAAUUUUGCAACUGUUGGUUAUAUAAUGCGUUUGUACAAAAUAAAACAUGUGUUUCUUUUCAA